AUGUCUGUAUCUUUUAUACGUCCGUCGAUUUCGUAUCUAUCAUUUCAAUCAUUGUGCGAUAAUUUCAUCGAUCAUACUAGAAUCGAUCAGUUUAACUACACUGAUGAAACAGAAUGUCAAGAUUGGCCUUGUAGUAAUGCAUAUACACGAUGUAACAGAAAAUGGAAUUGUCAUAACGCUGCUGAUGAAACAAACUGUCCUGAUAAUCCAUGUCGUCCAAAUGGUCAUCCUUGUAUAUCAAUAUUGACUCGUAAUUUUACUUGUUUACCUCUCUCACGUAUCAAUGAUGGUAUCGUUGAUUGUGCGGGUGGUUAUGAUGAACAAAAUCGUUGUGAACAAAUUCCAAAUUCAAGUAUCCAACUUACUUAUCGUUGUUUCAACGAAACACAAUGUGUUCAAAAUCAUGGUCAUAUUUAUGAUUGUUUUGGAUAUAAUUAUUAUGAAAAUGAGGGUCGAUGUUUUGUUGAUAAUCGAACUUGUCCAACGGCAUCGUCAUGUCUAUGCAAAGAAUGUUAUUUUGGUAGUCGAUGCCAAUUUACUACAAACGGAUUCGGUCUAUCACUUGAUAUUAUUCUUGGUUAUAGUAUUCAGCCAAAAGUUCAUUUCUUACAACAGCCCAAUACAGUUAAAAUUUCAACAGCUGUUACAGCAGUCGUCUUUGUUAUUGGACUUAUCAAUGGUAUUUUGUGUGUGAUCACUUUUAAAACAAAAGAAUCACUUGCGGUUGGUUCUGGUCUUUACCUACUUGCAGCAUCCAUCACAUAUUUUGUAGCCAUAUUAUUAUUUGCACUGAAGUUUUUGUUUCUUAUCCUUUCUCAAAUGGCAAUUAUUACAAAUCAGUCUUUUCUUUCAUCAAUCUGCGUUUAUAUGGAUAUGCUUUUAAAAUCAUUUUUAGCUGUUGGAGAAUGGUUGACUGCUUUUGUGCACAUUGAGCGUAUGUGGACCAUUAAAUGUGGUGUCAAAUUCAAUAAACAAAAAAGUAAACGAAUUGCGAAGAACAUAAUUUUCGGAAUAUUUAUCUUGACAUUUCUAAGCUUCAUUCAUGAUCCCAUUCGUCGUAGUUUACUUAAAGAUACAGAAGAAGAACGAACAUGGUGUGUCAUUCGAUAUUCAUCAUCAAUGCAAACUUAUGCUUCAUUUAUUAAUAUUCUUCAUUUUCUUCUACCUCUUUGCAUUAAUUUUAUCUCCACAAUAAUGAUUAUUGUAUUAAUAGCUCGAGAGAAAUUACGAACUCGUAGAGAGACAACAUACCAAGAACAUAUAUGA